UGGCCCAUCCCGCGGUUUCCGACUUGUGGUGUGACGACUGGUGAUGACGUCAUCGAAUUCCACUUAAGUGUCCGACGCGGGACUCGGCCCGCCAGAUCAAGCGUGCGCCGUCGGUUGCCAUGGAGCCUUGAGAAGCGCGUGCACUGAGCGCAGCCGCGCGUCUCCGACCGACCUUGUGGGCCAUGGCGGCCAUCUUGGCCUUAAUGAUGUUGGCCGUCGCGUUUUCCGACGGGCGAAAAUUUGCACUUCCGCCGAUGCCUGUCCACGACGGCUGCUUCACGGUGUCGCCGGAGGUGGAGCUCUUCCGCCUGGAGAGCGAAGCGGUGAUGCUGUCGUUUCCCACGUUCCGGAGGGCCCUCAAAAUACGCGGCAUCAUCCCUCCCGACGACGCCUUCCGCAUCGCCAAGAGCAACCGCACGGGCGCCGACGACGGCCGAGUCCGCCGGCGUGGCGCGGACUUGUGGCUGCUUCCGGCUCGGCCCUCCGACUCGGGCGAGUACACCUGCACCUUCAGGAACGCGACAUUUUGCAUCCGUGGCAGCGUGAAGCUGCAAGUGUACGCGUCAUUGUCCGCCGACAUGGACAAGCUGUCGUACGAGUACAACGCCGUUCUGGGGGAAAACGUCACGCUCAGAUGUCCCGCCAGGCAUCACGUCUCCGAGAAGCGGGUCCAGUGGAUCAAGGAAGACGGCGGUGGCGGCGCAGUCGGCAUCCAGCCCCACAGGUGGCGCUCCUUCCGACAGGAUGUGGGAAAACUGCACAUUCCGGCGGCGAGGCUUUCAGAUGCCGGUUGGUACACGUGCCGACUCGGCGUGCUCGUCGACUUCCAGGAGUACCGACUCACUCGGACUGUGCGACUCCUCGUUAAAGGACGUGAGCCGAGUGUGACCUCUGAACCCGAGUUGGCCGGCGCGCUGACGCCGCCGCUGAUCACGUCGCCGUUGAACGGAAGCGUCUUGGAGACCUCGCACGGUUCCGGACUGGAAGUGACGUGUACGGUGCUGACGGCUUGCCAAGCGAUUGGCUCCACCGCUGUGUGGUGGUCGCAGGGCAACACGAACGGGCGCACCCUGCAGGCCCCGAGGAGAGAAAGCCGCUUGGCGUCCGGCUGCCAGGUGGAGGUGAGCCUGGUCGUCAUGGCGAUGACGGACGCCGAGGAAGGGGCGGAGCUAACGUGCGUGGCCCAAAACCAGGUCGGGAGACAGGAAGUGACCGUCACGCUCCACGUGGAAGACCUGACGGUGACGUGGCUGGUGACGGCGUGCGUGGCCACUUCCUGUUUCCUGGCGGUGGUCUUCGUCUUCCUCUACGUGCUCGUCAUCAAGCCCAAGCAAAAGGAAAAGAAGAAGAAGAAGAAGGCCGACUACUUCCUGGCACGACAGGACAGCGCCUUCUAAUGCAUUACUUGCAGUACGUCUGUAGGCCAACAGGGGGCAGCAACACCAACUACUCUGUCAUAAUGCGAUAUUCCGCAUAGUUUCAUUUGCAGAUUUUCAUGAUCGGAGCUCAUUUUGUCACAUUUUAAGGUUGAUUAAAACAGAAAUUCUUCAAUUAGACACCAACAUCUCCAAAGUCAAGCUUGCAUAUUAGGAAAACGACUUUGAAGACGUGGAAAUGAGAAUUAAAAUGUAUGAACCCUGAGCUCUAACGUUGAAACACAAGAAGAAAUUUCAAUCCCAAAUACAGCGAUAGUAAAAUUUAAUUUAUGGCUACGACUGCAAAGUUGCCAACAUAUAUAUAUAUAUUUUAUAAAUUACGUAAGAACAUUUCCACGGUGCAGUUGUGGCAGUACAUCAGGUAAAGGGAUAAAUAUAACUGCACAACAAUUAUUACGCUAUAAUUGUAACCAUUAAUAAAUAAACUCCCAUUUCAAUAUUUGUUAUUUUAAUGUAUUUAUUAGGGUUUACCAGCAAUGCACUAAAUGUACCCACUGCCGGAAAUCAAGAAGAGACGAAGAAGAAAUGCGAGGUCAAGUUAAAAAAAAAAGGGUGACGCUCUGUAAAUAAUAUGCUAAAAUUUGUUUCAAGAAACUACAGGAUAAAUAAAGUGAUUAAAAAAAGAAAUCUGAGAAUGAUUCUUGAGAAUGGACACAACCAGACGGUGAAGGGCGUCGCCAAACCGUUUUCGUUAUUGCUUGCUCAAUGAAGCUAGCUGAGAAAUGCUAAGCUAAACAAGCUCAAUGAAGAACUUUCUUUCUCGUUGGUGAACAAACUAUCUUAACUUCUUGCCUCGUUCGUGGU